CCAGUUCUUAUAAAACAACUGCGUGUGGUUCAAGUAUCAGCGCAAAAGUCCCACUUAUGUAACGAUGAGCUUUGCACACCAGCCUUUCCAUGCCUAUUCAUUUCAAAGCAAGGUUUUUUAUUUUCUUGAAAACAAGUCGGUGGGGGUAGGGAGAGAAAAAAGGAACUGGGAAAAGACGAGAGAGGAAGUUAAAACUUUCCCUCCCUUCCUGUCUUCCUCAGAAAAUCAAAUAUGGCAUCUUCCAUGAGGAGCUUGGUUUCAGAUUACAGCCGAUAUGUUGAAUCUUUUCGAAGGUUUCUCAACAAUUCUACGGAACACCAGUGCAUGCAGGAAUUUUUGGACAACAAGCUGCCAGGCAUAAUAGCAAGGAUUGGAGAUAAAAAGUCAGAAAUUAAGAUUCUAAGCAUUGGCGGAGGUGCAGGUGAAAUUGAUCUUCACAUUCUCUCCAAAGUGCAGGCUCAGUACCCAGGAGUUCCUAUCAAAAAUGAAGUUGUUGAGCCAAGUGCUGAACAAAUUGCCAAGUAUAAAGAGGUUGUAGCCAAGUCUUCAAACCUUGAGAACAUAAAGUUUGCUUGGCAUAAGGAGACAGCAUCUGAAUAUAGAAAUAGAAUAAUGGAGAAAAAAGAACUUCAGAAGUGGGACUUUAUUCAUAUGAUUCAGAUGCUGUAUUAUGUAAAAGACAUCCCAGCAACCCUGAAAUUCUUCCAUAGUCUCUUAGCUACCAACGCUAAGAUUCUUAUUAUUGUUGUAUCAGGAACCAGUGGCUGGGACAAGCUAUGGAAAAAGUACGGAUCCCGCUUACCCCGUGAUGACCUCUGCCAGUACAUCACAGCAACUGAUCUCACCCAGAUGAUGGAUAAUUUAGGAAUUAAAUAUGAGUGUCAUGACCUUCCUUCCACCAUGGACAUAUCUGACUGUUUUAUUGAUGGUAAUGAAAAUGGAGUCCUGCUUUGGGAUUUUUUGACAGAAACCUGCAACUUUAAUACAACAGCACCACCUGAUCUCAAAGCAGAAAUUAUGAAAGCUCUACAAGAGCCUGAAUUCAGUGUUAAGAAAGAUGGAAAGGUUCUUUUUAAUAAUAAUCUGAGUUUCAUAGUGGUUGAGGCAUAAAUAUCAAUCAUGAGAGUAUCUUAAAAAUUAUAUUGUAAACAAUGAUCAUUUAUUUCUGUAUUCAAAUUACAAAUAAAUUUCAUAAAUAUAAAUAAGACAUUUUCUCUUAUGUAUAAAAUCUAGAAAAUUGUAACAUUCUUGGACUUCCAUGUACACCUAAGUAUAAAUGAUAUUGUGGAUAUUAUCCCAUCCCUUCUCCAGGUUGGAAAAAUGAGACAACUAAGUUUCACUGGCUUAUUGACAAUAAAAUUCUUUCCAUUU